UCAUAUUAUGUUUUGAAGGCUGGAGUAAACCCAAACGUAUCGGAUUUCAAAGGCCUUACACCCUUGAUGACCGCCAGUAUGUUUGGAAAAACGUCUACGGCAAGUUUCCUGUUGGGCAUGGGUGCUCUGCAUCAUCUAACCGACAUAAAUGGUGAYACGGCAUUGCACUGGGCCUCGUACAAAGGUCACCCGGAACUGAUAAGGUUAUUGUUAUACUCUGGAGCUGACCUGACGAAAGCUGACAAUUUCGGGUCCACACCGUUGCACUUGGCUGCUCUUUCAGGAAAUGCAAAAUGCGUUGAAAUACUUUGUCAGAAUAGCCAAAUAUCUUUACAACCCAGGGACAAAAAUGGAAAAACACCAUUGAGCCUGGCCGUGAACCACAGGUACGAGGACAUCGCUGGGCUGCUGAACAGAGAGAUUAAGAAAAGAAAGAAAUGGAUGGUACCUCUACACAAAGCGCUAAAUGCAAUUUUUGGAAGUUCGGCGUAUUCAAAAGGUCCUUUGCUGCUAUUUCUAUGUUCCUUCUUGAUUUGGUGGUAYCCUCUUUACAUAUACAGAGUAGUGCCUGUUACGUGGAACAUAACGAGAGGUUGYCACUACACUUAUCUAGCAUGGAAUAUUUUUAUGUGGAUAUGUUGGAUUAUUACGAAACAUUCAGAUCCUGGAUUCUUACCAAUCGAUUCAGGGAGUUACAUUCAAACCAUUAGACAAAAGAGGGACGAGAGAAUCGCAGAAAAUCAUAAAAAUUAA